AUGUGGCUCAUCAACGUCGAGACGCACAAACUUGAGGAACAUUACACAUGUCCCGAGGGCCAGUAUGCCGUUCUAUCACACACGUGGGACGGCGAGGAAGUUUCCUUUCAGGAGUACAAAUGCGGCCUCGAUGAAGCCAAGAAGAAAAAGGGGUACACCAAGAUAGAAUGGACAAUAAGAUUAGCACAAAGACGCGGCCUGGCGUGGGCGUGGGUUGAUACUUGCUGUAUCGAUAAGUCCAGCAGUGCGGAGCUGUCAGAGGCGAUCAACUCGAUGUGGAAGUGGUACAAGCAGUCAGCCAUCUGCUACGCAUAUCUGUCAGACUUGCCAGAGGGAUCCAUAGGAGGCACCGAUCUCUUCCAACAUUGUCGCUGGUGGAAGAGAGGCUGGACAUUGCAAGAGCUCAUUGCGCCGACAGAGGUCCAUUUCUAUGACCGCGGUUGGAACUUCUACGAAACCCGAACCGGCCUCAAAGAGUACAUCGAGGAUUUCACUGGUAUAAGCCAUGAAGCAUACCACCGUCCUCCUGAUUCAUUCUCGGUCGCCCAGAGAAUGUCCUGGUCUGCCAAUAGGGAGACUUUAAGAACAGAGGAUAUCGCAUACUGUCUGUUGGGGCUCUUCGACAUCAACAUGCCUUUGCUCUACGGCGAGGGCGAGAAAGCCUUCAUACGGUUGCAAGAAGAGAUUUGUAGGAAUACGACGGACCUUUCCGUAUUUGCAUGGACUGCGGACAUUGCUUCUACCAAGGGCAAAGCUGACCAGGAGUUUCGUGGUCUCUUCGCACUGCAUCCCUCCGAGUUCGCCGGCUGUGGCAACGUGAUACCUCAUAAGCGAUCACAGACCCACUACCACGACGACUUGUCCAUCACCCGGAGGGGCAUCUGUUUCGAUAGCAUGAAGCUAGAACUGGUUCCGCAGUAUGGGCUUAUGAUGCCGAUUGGAACGUGCAAGAAGCUUAGUGGCGGCCUUGCUACCGUGCGAGUAUUUCUAACCAAGACGAUCGGGGGUUAUGUCAGAUCAGAGCCGGGCUGUGUGGGGAUUAAGCUCCAACCAGCCUACCGCGGUUCGAAAGAGGAUGACAUCAAGUCGGAUGGUCAGAAAAUCUGCUUCUUCUCCAUGCGAGAUACGAUGAGGUUCCCACCCAUGAGGAUAUGGUGUGAGAAGACGCUCACGGCCAGUGACUCCAUGAGGCUCCAUGAGGUGUUCAAUAACGCUCUGUUCAUCGACUUGGGACGUGGCGUCCAAAUCACGGCGGCAUAUCCCGAAGGCAACUGGGAUCCACACAAGCAGGCAUUCCUGCACGAUGGGGUCUUGAUCGGGGCCGUCCUGAUCGAGGCUCAAUCGCAAUCCUUCAUCCUCCUCUGUAAGUGGUGGGACGCCACGCGACUUCGAGAGGCUGCCGCGUUCCAGCCCUGUGAGAAUUUCGAAUACACCAUCGUGCAUCAAGAUGACUUGACGCAACAGAACCUACGUCAGAUCCAAGAGGAGAGGAUGGAAACACCGGGCAGCUUUAACAUCGCAAGAGAUAUCAUGUAUGGAACACCAUGCAACAGCCUGGAUGCGUCUACAGCGAGCGCCGAGCCGUUGAUUUGUCAAGGCGAGCGGGGAGGCUAUGACCUGCGCGGAGACCUGGGCCGGCGACUCGUGCACGGGGAGGAUUCGUUGAGGCUGCGGCUUUCUAUAUAUAAUCCUCACAACGCCCAUCGCCGUGGUAAAACCAGGGAUGGCCGCAUCUGGGCAAAGAGGCACCUCAAUAAAGUCUAG